AUGUCCUCCAUCUCCGGCGCCGCCGCGUCCUCCAAGACACCCCGGAUGCGCGUCCGGGAGCUGCUGCCGGCCCUGUACCUCGGCGACUACGAGCCGGGCCCGCUGAACUCGCUCACUGACGUGGCCGGGGUCAAGGUGCACAUGCAGGAGAUCCACUCGCGCGCGGACGGCGGCGCGGACCACGGCGGUGUCAACACGGGCGUGACCGCGAUCCUGCCGCGCGACAGCUGGGCCCGUAAGGCGUGCUACGCCGGGCUCUUCAGCUUCAACGGGGCGGGCGAGCUGACGGGGUCGCACUGGCUCAACGAGACGGGGAUCCUGAGCUCGCCCAUCGUGCUGACCAGCACCGUCAGCGUCGGCGCCGCCCACGAGGGCGUCUACCGGUACGCGGUGCAGCAGGCCGGCCACGGCGCCGUCGACACGUUCCUGCUGCCCGUUGUCGGCGAGACGUUCGACGGGUACCUGAACGACGUUGGCGCCUUCGCCGUGCGGCCCGAGCAUGUCGUCCGGGGCCUGGAGGGCGCGGCGGGCAUGGCGGCCGGCGAGCCCGUGCGCGAGGGCAAUGUGGGCGGCGGCACGGGUAUGAUCUGCCACUACUUCAAGGGCGGCACGGGGUCGGCCAGCCGGCUGGUGCCGGGGCUCGACGGCGCGGGCGGGCCGAAGACGUACACGAUCGCGGCGCUGGUGCAGGCCAACUACGGCAAGAUGCACCAGCUGCGCAUCGGCGGGGUGGGCGUGGGCCGGGUUCUGGCGGACACGACGGCAACAGCGGCACUGGCGGAGCUGGUGGCCGAGAAGACGCGCAAGGACGGGUCCAUCAUCGUGGUGCUGGCGACGGACGCGCCGCUGCAUCCGGCGCAGCUGCGGCGGGUGGCGCGGCGGGCGACGGUCGGGCUGGCGCGCGUCGGUGGGCAGGGCCACAACCCGUCGGGCGACAUCUUCGUCGCCUUCUCGACGGGCAACGAGAUCCCGGUGCAGACGCUGGCUGUCGAGGAGGGGGCCGCCGACCCGUAUAAGCCGACGCCGCUGCGGGUCGAGGUCGUGGACGACACGAGCAUCAACGGUCUGUUCGAGGCGGCGGCCGACGCCACCGAGGAGGCCAUCUACAAUGCGCUGUGCAUGGCGGAGGAUAUGGUCGGGUUCAAGGGGCGCAAGGUGAAAGCUCUGCCGCUGGAUAGGGUCAGGGAGAUCAUGGCUAGGCACCUCUAG